UCCGCACGACCGAAGCUCCCACGCUGAAGCCCUGGCGCCGGAGCGACCGAGCCGACGAUGAAGCAUCGCUUUGACCUCUAUGUGAGAUACACCGUUGAAAUUGACUUGCCCAAUCCCAUCAAUACGCUGGAAGGUCUUAACGGUGUGGCGAAUCGCGAGUUCUUCUACAUCCUCCGUGAGAUGACGAAGCUGAAGAUCUUUGGCUGUGGUGCUGCUCCCUCUGGGGGCUGGAGUGGACACAUCAUCUCGCAGCUGCGCAGCGACCAGGAUCUUCAGCAGUAUUUGUCGAGCAAUCUUCCAGCCGAGGGCCCCGUCUACGAGUUGCACUUACCUGACGGCACGGAUGCAGGCGCGUGGUAUCAGAACAAUAUCUCCAGCUAUCAGAAUCACAUCCAGAACCUUCAGGACCAAGUGAAUUCGUUGAGACAACAAGGGCAAGGUCUCCAACAAGGCUUCAUGCUGUUGCAACAAGUGGCCCCUGUCCAGGAUGACCAGGUCUACAGUAUCGUGCAGAAGUACGGCCAGGGGGUGAAUCCUGCCGUGACGGCCAUGACCGGAAACCCGGACGACCUCUUUUCGAACCAGCAAGGCAUUCGGGUGCUCUCCUAUUGGGGCUCGGAACCUGCGCGGAUGCAAGACGUCUACCAGACGGGUGGCUUCCCGCCCGUGAUCCAAGCCAUGCAGCACUUUCAGGAUGAUCCUGGUGUUGGUCGAUAUGGCGUCCAGUUUCUCUCGCAUGCGGCCAAUCAAAGCUCGCAAUAUAUUCAUGAACUCCAUCAUCUUGGAACUGUUCCAAUUGUCAUCCAGCAAAUGAACCAGUUCCCACAGGAUGUUUCUCUGCAGCAAUAUGGCUGUCAAUAUCUUUGCUCCAUGGCUCAGAUGCCUGACAUUCGCGACGAGAUUGUCAAGGAGGGUGGCGUUCGCCCGCUGAUCUCGGCCAUGAACAACUAUCCCCAGGACCCGAUGGUCCAUCGCUACGCCUUGUCAGCGCUGUCGCCCUUGGCCUACAUCGACGACUACGCCUCGCAAAUCAUUGGUGCCGGAGGCGUCACUGCUGUCAAGAACACCUUGCAGUAUCACUCCGCCGACCCGCAAGUGGCCAUUAGUGCUUUGGGCAUGAUCAAUGAAUUGGCGAAGCAUGAAGGAUGUAAGGACUCACUGGUGAAUGCUGGCAUCAUUCCCAUUCUCUUGCAAGUGAUGCAGGUGCAUGCAGGCAAUCCCCACGUUCAGGCUUUGGGUUUAAAGUGCUUGGCAACGCUUUGUGCGAACAAUACGGCAAUUCAGACUGGGCUCUACCAGGCACAUGGUAUUCCCGCCAUUCUGAAUGCCAUCCGUUCUGCAGCUGAUACCAGGGCCACAGACGAAGCGACUGUCGGGUUGAUCACGGAAGGCAUGAAUCUGUUGGCAGCGAUUGCCACCAAUCAAGAAUGCCGCCCGCUGAUUAUGCAGCAUGGUGGUCUUGAGAUUACGUUGCAAGUGAUGCGCUUUUACAUCGACUUUCCUCUCAUCCAGGAGCACUGCCUCCGAAUUCUAUCGGGCUUGACGCUAUGGCCCGAAGCCGCUGCGAAGCUGUUGCAUGCAGGCUACAUCGAUUGUAUCAUUGCGGCCAUGGUGAAGUACCAUGAACAUCAGGGUGUUCAAAUGAGUGGUGCCUAUGCACUGGGCAUGGUGGCGGGUGGAGAUGAUGCCAAAGCGGCGGUGAUCAGUGCCAAAGGCAUUGAGGCCUUGGUCGCGGCGAUGUAUUGGCACCCCACAGAUCAGCACGUGAACGAGCAGGCCUCUGCGGCGCUGUCCAUUCUUUGCGAGUCAGAUCGAGGUAAAUCCAUCUUGGCACAGACCCUCGUGGAUGACCAGAGCUCUGCAGAGAUCAUCGCCACCUCCAUGAGGGGUCUUUACCACGUCGCUAACACCCUCAAACAGAUUGCGAAACUGGUGGCCAUUGCUGGCUUGGAUGAAACCAUGAAAGAUGGCUUAUUGAAGGCCUUCAUUCUCAACGGCCUGGUGCAGUCCUUGGAAAGUCACACGCAGGACCAAGGCGUGGCCUUCUACGUGCUGAAGGCCAUUGUGACCUUGGCCUAUCCAUAUCCACCGCCUCAGAUGCUCACCUUGUGCGGUACCUUAUUGGAUUUGGUCAUCGCCAUCAUGAAGCUCUUCCCGCAGGAAGCGAGGAUCCAGGAGUCUGGCUGUGAGGUUCUAUCUGUUCUUGCCAGACUGGAAGAAAUGCAAGAGCCCAUCAUCUCCAAGGGUGGCAUCAGCUUGAUUUGUACCGCCCUGAAGGCCUUCCAAGCGGAUACGGGCAUCCAGCGCAAGGGUUGCAGGGCCUUUGCCAACCUGGGAGAAUUUCAAGUCUCUCGCGAAGCCAUCCGCCGUGAAGGAGGCAUCGAGCUCAUCAUCUAUGGCAUGAAGUAUCACGUCUCUCAUCCGGAAGUUGGAGAACAAGGCUGUGCGGCUUUGGCGAACUUGGCCUUGGAUGAAGGGAACCGCAGCCACAUCGCGCAGAAUGAAGGCGUCAAUGCCGUCUUGGCCGGGCUUCGCUUGCAUCAAAACCAUCCGGGCAUCCAAGCCUUUGGCUUGGGCGCUCUGGGGAACUUGGCCACAGCCGAAGACAAUUGUGCGGUGAUCCUCAAAGCAGGAGCCAUUGAUAUGGUGAUGAACGCCAUGAACGCCUGGAAGGAUGAGGCUCGGGUGCAGCACUUCGCGUGUUUGGCCCUGAGCAACUUCGCGCAUGACGAUGCCAACAAAGUGGCCAUCGGUCGGGCAGGUGGCAACCGAAUGAUCAUCUCUUCAAUGCAAAAGCAUUCAGACCAUGCAGGUGUGCAAGAACAAGCCUGUGGCGCACUAGCCAACCUGGGUGUUCAUCAACAGAACAUGGUGGAGAUCGCUCAACUGAGUGGCAUUGAACUGGUGAUUGCAUCCUUGAAGAGGUUUCCCACAGAACCGGGUGUGCAAGAGAAUGGCUGCUUCGCGCUGUCGAAGUUUCUCACCAUGCCCAACGAAUCCUAUCGUCAGCGCAUGAAAGCCGCCGAUGCGGAGGCUGCCUUAGAAGUGAUCAAGACUUCGAAGCCCUCUUUCGAUGUGAAGAUUUGUUGCAACGUGCUCCUGCGGCGACUGGCUGAAGAAGCGCCACAGAGCGCGAGUGGCGCAGUGAGUGGCGCUGUGUUGGGGCAGGGUGUUCCGGCGGGCGUUCCGAUGGGUAUCCCCAUGAGCGGGCCUGGAGCGGGCGCUAUGCCUGGAGGACCUGGUCCACCAGGCGGCGCCAGCUCAUUCGGGUUGGGGCCGGCCACAGGUGGAGGGAUGUCGAUGCAACAGCAGCAGAUGUCCAUGCAACAGCAGCAGAUGGCGAUGCAACAGCAGCAAAUGGCGAUGCAGCAACAGAUGCAAGGCUAUUGGAAAGGUGGGCCACCAGGACCAGGACCUCCUGGCAUGGGCAUGGGUCCCAAAGGCAAAGGAAAGCCUGGUUUGGGCCCCAAAGGCAUGAAAGGCUACGGGAAGAUGUGAGCUACCGGCGAAUCGGCUACGAUCUGAGUCCUCAGGACUCAGCAGUUGCGCGUUUCGCCAGCGAAGUCAAACAUCUUGAGAUCUCAAGAGAGUCUACUGCAGGCUUUUCUUUGUAGAGCUACGGUGAUGCGCUGAAGUGUGGCGCCCAUGGAUUCAUUGCAUUCGAAGAG